UACCUAGGCUCCUGGAGUCUAAUCCAAAUCACUCAUUGUGAAAGCUGAGCUCACAGCAGAAUAAGCCACCAUGAGGCUGACAGUGUGUCUCCUGCUGGUCAUGCUGAGCCUUUGCUGCUACCAGGCCAAUGCUAUAGUCUGCCCAGCUGUUAUUUCUGAUAUCACAAGCUUCUUAUUCUUAAAUGACAAUUUAGUAAAGCUGGAAGUUGGCAAAUAUAAUCCACCUCCGGAAGCUGUUGCAGCCAAGUUGAAAAUAAAGAAAUGCACGGAUCAGAUAUCUCCUGGGAAGCGAGUGCUCCUUGAAGGAGUCCUGGCGAGCAUAGUGAUAGAAUGUGGCAUAUAAAAAUACUCAACCUGGUUUCCACGAUCUUUCAAUGAUACCCUGAUCUUCACUAAAAAAUGUAAAGGUUUCAACAUCUUGCUUUAAUAAAUCACUUGCCCUGCACA